AUCGUCACGACAUUGAUGAUACCUGGGUUCCCAUGAUUCUUGGGCAUCCAGCCACAUUUGAUAACGUAGCCAUGGAUCCGAAGCUGAGGACGAUGAUAAUCGAUGAUUUAAAUUGGUUCGUGGAGCGUAGGAAGUACUACAAGACAGUGGGGAAGGCCUGGAAGCGAGGGUAUUUGUUAUACGGCCCUCCAGGUACUGGAAAAUCGAGUUUGAUUGCUGCCAUGUGGCUAAUUACCUCAAGUUUGAUAUAUACGAUAUGGAGCUUGCAAGUAUGCAAUCCGAUUCAGACUUGAAAAGAGUAUUGUUAUCAACAACAAACAGGUCAAUUCUUGCGAUCGAGGACAUGGACUGCAGCAUCAAACUUCCAAACAGAGAAAAUCACUGCGUAGCUGAUAAAUUGCACAGAAAGUUAACGCUAUCUGGCCUGUUGAAUUUCAUUGAUGGACUGUGGUCAAGCUGUGGGGACGCGAAAAUCAUUGUGGUCACGACCAACAACAAGGACAGGCUUGAUCCGUCACUGCUGCGUCCAGGCAGGAUGGACGUGCAAAUCGAACUGUCCCAUUGCACGGUUGAUACGGUCAGGAUCUUGGCUUCUAAUUACCUGGGCAUCAGCACCAGAGACCAUCCCCUGUUUGGAAAAUUCGAGAGCUUGAUAGAGAACAAGAAGGUGACCCCAGCAGAGGUGGCAGGGGAACUGAUGAAGAAUAAAGGUGUGGACCUUGCUCUUCAAGGACUUGUUGGCUUCCUUGAAAAUAAGACGAGUAGAUGUGAUAAAAUUGAGGAGGAAGUUGCUAAGAUUGGAGAAGCAAACAGUUUGACAAGUAGGGUCAGGAUUGCUGAAGAUCAAGUCGAAUAAGUUUAUUAGCAGAGUCCUAAUAAAGUGGAGCGUGCCAGAUUCUUGAUAUCUGAUGAAGCCACGUUUUUACUAGGAAAGUUACGAUAAACUCUUGUUGUUCUUUGUGUUUUGUUGUCUUUAAAUAAGGAGAAUGAGUCGUUGAAUGAGGUGUUAAUUUCUCAUCUUUUCGUCAUAUUUUCCUUUCGUAGUUCUGCUUCCAGUAUUCAACAAUAAAGUCAUUUAAACUUUCAAUCACUCUACUUCUUAUUCUUCAAUUUAUUGUCGUUAAUUUCCUUUCUUGCUAUAUGCAUAAACACCAUUCUACACU